UAGAAGAUAAGAUAAUUAUCUUUCCCUAAACCUAAAAAAAAAAAAAAAAAAAAAAAAAUCACCACAAAGAAAAAAAAAUCUCUAAAAACCUCCAAUUAAAAAAAAAAAAAAAAAUCAUUAUAUAAACGCCCGCAGGACCGCCCUUGACCUCCUGGGUAAGGCAAGGGACCCAAAUGGAGAUCCUAUUAUGCUGGCCACCGUUCCUACCGGGCCUCUGAAUGCUACUCCUGUGACUCCGACAACCACCACCACCAUCACUACACCUACCUAUCUUGCACCUGAUCAGUACACAGGCUACAGCUUGACUGUUGGUAUGCCGCUUUAUGAGGAGUAUGCAGACAUGACCAGCAUCCAGACGGAAUAUGACGGAUCGACCACCAUCGUGAACGACUCAGAGAAGAAAGAUGGCGGCUUGAAAGCAGGAGCCCAGGUAGCGCGAGGACGGUUUCGUCACGAGCCUUACCGCCGUCUGCCCGUAAACGUUCCAGCUUAAAACGUUUGUUGGGAGUCACCUUACAAAGUACAUGUUUCGUGCUCUUAGCGUGGUGUUGAAGUGGCUAGGCUGGGGAGAGAGAGAGAGAGAGAGAGAGAGAGAGACGGUGGGUUGGCUCCGAGGAAGAGAGUCGUGAGGUGUGGUGGUGAGUUUUUGUGUUGUGGAAAAAAAUGGUGUAAGUUUUUUUUUUCUCUUUUAUGGGGGAAAGUGGAAGAUUGAAAAGGAAUAGAAAUGGAGGAGGAGAAGAAAAGAAUGUAGGUGGAGAAGGAGGAAAAGGAGAAGAUGAUGAAGAAAUGUGAGAGAGAGAAAAAGAAAAUUGAAAAGAUGAAAGAAAAUGUGUUUUUUGAAGAAAGCAAAGAAAACAAAGAAUGAAAAUGUAUUUUUUUGGCUUGUUGAAGAAAAAACCCGAAGUGAUGCUUCAUAUUUUCUUGGAGAAUGA